AUGAGCCGCGUGCUGGCCAUCGCGCCUCUACCACCACCGCUCCGCCAGCAAGCCACGAUCACCCCGCCGCUCCUGCAGCCAUCUCCGUGUGGAGCCUUCACCACGCCGACGCCAGCAGCCCUCUACCGAGCCGGUCUCCGCCCCCUUACUACAGCAUCAGCUGCUACUGCUGCCGACGCCACCGCUCCGUCGAUCCCCGCACCUCUUGCUGCAGCAAACCACGACGCUAGCAGCCCGAUCCCAGCUCCAAACGCGACCUGCAGCACCCGCCACCGCUGCUACCAACACCAGCAGCCCAAGCCCCCUCGUCGUUGCCAUCACUGCCCUCCGCUCGAGGAGCCAAUUGCGAUCCCGGUCUAA